UUCGAAUCUUCGACGGAUCGGUUAGGCACGGUACGCGAGUGAGCUCUGGAAGGGGGAGAAGGGAGUGAACGAGAGAAGGUGGGAACGAGAGGAAGAGGAGAAAGAGGAGAAAGAGGAGAAAGAGGGAAAAGGAGAAAAAUUCGAUCAUUGCCGUGGUGAAAAUUCACGACGCCUUCGCACGCUCACGUGUUCGAACGAAAUAGAUAACCCGAUUCCUAGUUAUUUUUUAAGAGAGGGCUUCGCUAUUGGUGGGAAUGGCAGAAUAACAGGUCGCGUAGUUCGUAACGUCCUUCAAACGUUCCUAUCGAUUCUGAGAGAGUGCACGGAGAGACGGCCGGAGCAGUAUAAUACGAUGUUCACCGUCGGGACAUGUUAGUUGAUCGGUAACGGUGCUUGUUGUCCAGUGAUCGCCGUCGACGUUCCUCGCUCUAGGAUAACAGGCUUCCCCUUUUCUUUUUUUCACUCUCCGUUUUCCGUUGGUCGUUCUCUCCGACCGAACCCCGACCGCUAAAAGAGAUUCCGCGGAAAAUGUCAGACGACGAGGGCAAAUCGUGGUGUCACUCCCGUCAAACGUGUGUGGUGCAACCACUCUUGACAGAUUUGUAUCAAAUUACAAUGGCAUACGCUUACUGGAAAAGCGGAAAAAUGAACGAUCACGCAGUGUUUGAUUUAUAUUUUCGCAAAAAUCCGUUUCAAGGGGAAUUCACUAUUUUUGCUGGAUUGGAAGAAUGUAUCAAAUUUUUGGAGAAGUUUCAUUAUUCUUCGAGUGAUAUCAAAUAUUUGAAGUCGACUAUGCCAUCGUCGGUAGAUCAAAGGUUUUUCGAUUACUUGAAAGACCUUACACCCAAAGAUGUGACAAUAUAUGCCAUGGAGGAGGGUUCGGUUGCUUUUCCUAGAAUACCAUUACUAAGAGUAGAAGGUCCAUUAAUAAUGGUACAACUUUUGGAAACAACACUGUUAACCUUAGUAAACUAUGCAAGUUUAAUGGCAACUAAUGCAGCAAGGUACCGCAUGGUUGCAGGGAAAAAUAUAACAUUGUUAGAAUUUGGCCUUCGAAGAGCUCAGGGUCCUGAUGGUGGAUUGAGUGCAUCUAAAUACAGUUAUAUGGGUGGGUUUGAUGGUACCAGUAAUGUACUAGCUGGAAAGCUUUACAAUAUUCCUGUGAGUGGAACACAUGCGCAUGCAUACAUUACAUCUUUUACUGGCAUUGAUGACUUGCAAGAAAGAACAUUGGCACAUAAAGAAACAGGAGAGGUUUACGAUCUUCUGGAAUUAGCAUACAAACAUCAGGAUUCUAUUGCAGCUGAUGUAGGAACACUAGUUUCUGAGGCUUCUAGCGGAGAAUUAGCUGCUUUGAUUAGUUACGCUAUUGCUUUCCCGCAACGAUUUGUUGCUCUUGUAGACACGUAUGACGUGAAAAGCAUCGAAACCACGGCCAAGAGACAGGCACGUAUAGCCAGCCUAAAUGUAAAGAAUAAACGUCUAACAAAUGGGUCCAAUUCUCAUGCCCAAAAUGGUGUCAGAAACAAUCCGAUUAUAUCAGAAACGACUUCGCAUCACAAGAAUGGCUUUUUAAGACGAGGCGAAUUGGGUGAGCUCUAUGUGAGGAGUGGCCUUCUAAACUUCUGUGCUGUGGCAUUAGCUCUAAAUGAUUUGGGUUACAAAGCACUUGGUAUCAGAAUUGAUAGUGGCGAUUUAGCAUACUUAAGUAAUGCCGCUAGGGACAUAUUUGAACGAAUUGCAGUUAAAUAUAAUAUACCCUGGUUUGCAAAGUUGAUGAUUUGUGCAUCAAAUGACAUAAAUGAAGAAACUAUUUUAAGUUUAAAUGAACAGAGUCAUAAGAUCGAUUGCUUUGGAAUCGGUACACAUUUGGUAACAUGUCAAAGACAGCCAGCAUUGGGUUGCGUUUAUAAAAUGGUUGAAAUUAAUAGUCAGCCUAGGAUUAAGCUCAGUCAGGAAGUCGGUAAAGUAACAAUACCAGGAAAAAAGGAUGCGUUUAGAUUAUAUGGAACAGACGGAUACGCUUUAAUUGAUCUUUUACAAAGAUCCACCGAGGACGUUCCACAAAUAAAGCAAAAAGUUCUCUGCAGACAUCCGUUUCAAGAAUCAAAAAGAGCAUAUGUUAUCCCAACACGAGUAGAAUCCCUGCAUAAGGUAUAUUGGAAGAAUGGUAAAUUAUGUCAACCACUACCCACUUUGCAUGAAGUACGAAAUAGAGUGCAGGAGUCUUUAAGAACGCUGAGAAAUGAUCACAAAAGAAAUUUGAAUCCCACACCAUACAAAGUUGCUGUCAGUGAUGAUUUAUAUAAUUUCAUACAUGAUUUGUGGCUUCAAAAUGCACCCAUUGGGGAGCUUUCGUGAAGUUAUGAUUAGAUUACAAUUGCAAAAAUGGUUACAAAAAAAGAGCAUAGUUGUUAACAUAUAAAAUAGACCGUGUAUUCUGAUGGCCUAUACGACAUAUUAUACCGAGGGUUUCAAAAGUUUAUUUUUUACACUGUUCAAAAAAUAUCUACUUGUACAACCAUCGUUUGACUAUAGUAGUAUAUUUUGAUAAAUGAGUGCAAAUCAUCCUACCAUAUGUUUAUAUAGUUUUAUAAGCAUAGGACAGAUUAUCUUUAGGAAUUGUUGCAAUUUUUAUGAACUGUACUGUGAACGUGUAACAGUAUUAGUAAACGUGAACUAGCCAUGCACAAUUUAAGUAGAAAUAUUUUCAAUUUUUAAUUGAACAAAAAGGAUUAAAUGUAUAUACAAUACAAACAAGUUUGCAGACUUAAUGUAAAUGAACUGUAAAUAAUCGUCGAUGUCAUUUAAAACUUCUUUUUAUAAGAAAAGGUUUUUCAAAUUUUCUUAUUUAAAUAAAUUAUUUUUUUAGUGCAACUAAAAAUUAAAGUAGAAAAAGAAUUUUAUGAAGUAAGAUUUUAAAUGUUUACGAGCACAUUAAAUAAUUUACGUUCUGAGUUUGAUUUCUUGUCAUGAAAAAGUGUACAAAUUUCGGGCAUAAUAAAAUUUGUAUAGAAUUUUAAGAUGUAUAAAUAUGUAAAAAAAAUAUAUUACAGACGAAAAUCUAUUUGGUAUAUGACACUGGUUUUAAAACAAUUCUUUCUACAAUUCGAGUAAGCUUUGAACUGACAUGUUGCUAAGUUCAUUGAACUUAGUUCAUUGAACUGUUCGGAUUAUCCUUUUUUGAAGAUGUUUACAUAUAAUUUGACCUUGUUUUGUACUGUAUAGUUGUAUUGAAAUGUACUUUAGGAAUACAUGUAAUAAGUUAGUAUUGAAUAAUGAUAGAUUUUUACACAGAAAUUUUAUUGUAAAUGCAUUAGUAGAUCUGGUGUUUUUUCACAUUAGAAUAAUUUAAUGUAAACGAACACAAUAAUAAAGAUAAUUGUUUUUAUAAUAAAAUUAACGACGUGUAGUGUGCAAUCAUAUUGAUGUGUAUUUGUAAAAAUACUGUGAAAUAAUCAUUCGCUUAGGGAAGUCAGUUAUAUCCGAA